AUGAUGGGACCUCCCGAUACACCGACCAGCGCGUACGAGCUCGUCAAGCUGGAGCUGGAGCACUAUAUGCGCAACUACCUCGACACCAACGGCAGCUUUCCCUCCGAUCAAGAGCUGCAGUUUGAAGGGUGCUCCAUCAUAUUUGGCGCUGAAGUCUUGUCCCCCUUUUCGCUGCCAUCAUCGGCGUCCUGGUUGCGGGAUGUCUUCAUGGCUUCCGAAACGUCAAAUGCGGCUCGACUUCUUCCCAUGCAACAAGUCGCCAAGUCACGAUUGACAAAGCUUACGAUCAACGGCAAGAGCAACAUCUUCGACAAUUGCGAACUUGAGCUUGAGAUGCAUCAGCGUAUCGUCAUGCAUGGAGCUCUCGGCCUCGUCUUGUCCGACUACACGCUGCAACAGGAGGCGUCUGAGAUUCUCGAGAGCGUCGAGACUUGCUCACCCAAUCCCUCCAAGCUGUUCAAAGACUUUCUGCUGCGACUCGUCUGGGGAUCGAGCAAGUGGCUGGAGCCUCUCCGCCAGCGGGACCAGCAGCUGUCCACAGAUGAGCCGCGAGGCAUUCUUGCAUUUGCGCACCAAAGAGACACCGGUCAUGCUCCUCUGGGCCAAAAGCCCCCAGAAGUCUGGCCUGAGGUUUGGCCGCAGAAGGACGCCGAACCCUUGUCGAGUUCAUUCUUGACGAGCACGCUGCUGAGCUCUGGUCAAUCUUUGCGCGGCGGUGAUGGCAUGCCCUUCCUUUUGAACGACCACAACAGCUACAGCAGGCUGACGGCAGGCUUGACGCGAUUUGUUGUGAGUGCCAUGUCGCCGAACAACCCAAAGAGGCACGUGCCAACGGACGAAGAGAUUUAUGAUGACCCCUGGGACCAAACCCCCGCUGAUAAUACCGAGUGGCUUCGCGAGUUCAAACGCGGCGUUGGACUGCUACAACAGGAUAGCGUCGAAGCGUUCGUGGCAAUUGAGCACCAGGAUCCCCGGGACGCAGCAUCUUUCAACGUCAUUGUAUAG